UGUCACGUGACGCGGCGGCCGCCAUGCUGUCCCGGCUGCUGAAGGAGCACCAGGCCCGCCAGAGCGAGCGGCGCGAGCUGCAGGAGCGGCGCCGCCGGGACGCCAUCGCGGCCGCCACCCGCCUCACCGAGGCCCUGGUGGAUCACCUGAACGUGGGGGUGGCCCAGGCCUACGUGAACCAGCGCAAGCUGGACCAGGAGGUGAAGACGCUGCAGGUGCAGGCGGCUCAGUUCGCCCGCCAGACCGGCCAGUGGAUCGCCAUGGUGGAGAGCUUCAACCAGGCCCUCAAGGAGAUCGGCGACGUGGAGAACUGGGCCAGGAGCAUCGAGCUGGACAUGAGGACCAUCGCCACCGCCCUCGAGUACGUCUACAAGGGGCAGCUGCAGCCCUCCUGCUCCUGAGGGACCCCCCCAAAACCCCCCCCGGGACCCCC